UUUGACCUGCACGGUCAUGUUUCGCCGGAUGAGGCGCACUUUCAUCGCGCUCCAUUUUACUCUGUGCAUCUGUAAUUCAGUGACGAUACCGUGAAUACUGGCACCGUGAAGUGGAGUAGAAAUAAUUAUCGAGCAGUAAACAUUGCGGACAGUAAAGGAUGCGUCCAACUAUAAUUGCGAGUCAUUUGACAUGAACCGUCUGCGUACGCUAACCACCCACACAUCAGGCAGGGUUAUUCCAGUGAAAUUUGGGCUGCAUGCAAGCCGUCAGCAGUAGGACGAACACACACACCUGAAGAAGUAUGCGUGAUGUACGGAAAUGGUGCACGGUGGGGACAAAACAAUGAAGGAAUCUGAAACAUGAUGUUUUGGAAGUAAUUUCGUGAAGAAUCCCGCAGACCAAUUUAAUAUCCAAUAAAGCUCUAGUGGAUGUGAAAUGAACAAAUUCAAACAAUGAUAAAUGGUUAUUGUCCAUGUGUGUUAUUUGUGUUACUGUAUAUGUGAUGAGGAUUGUUCCGUGACUAGACUCUACAAUAUUUAUGGGACUAUCAACUAUGAGACACAUUGCGUCUCCAUCGAUAUGAUUCAUUAAUAAAAAGGACAGUUCGAAUGACUUCGGAUCAGUGUCAAGCAUCGAUUCAUCAAUUCGAUGAAUAAUUAAAGAAGCGUUAUGUUCGAUUGCCAGUCUCUAUGGAAACAAACCCACCGUGAAUCCGGCUGUUCGAGCAUAUUAAAAGGAUACGCUCCCCCCAGCUCCGAACGCAAUAACUCGCUCAAUAUAAAUCUCUCUCCAUCUCUCUUUCUCAGAGCUGCCCUUCCGGUGGAAACCCACAGCUCACGCGAGUCUUUCCCAGUCUGAGUUCAAAACGAACCGUGCCCCCCCCAGCGUCAGGAUGUGUGAGAAUGGUUUUCAUCGCCUGGUCAGACAGCAAACGCAGAAAUCUCGAUUAGGAAGCUAUUAUUAGUUUAGUGAUAAUUUCAUUUCGUCCGCUGUGUAUUCGUUUUGCACGACCGGCCAAGUCCGUCGAGACAGAACCGGAAGGCAGUUCUGCAAGUGGUGGAGUGAAGAAGAAUAAUCAAAAUUGUGCUAACAAGUGUUUCUUCUGCAUACGGUUCGUCCCUCGGUCACACUCCUCACGGUUCCAGAAGGAAAAAUUACAUAUGCUCACAGUUUGAUUGGUGAAGUGAAUCUGUGUUUCUGAAUAUGCUGAAACUAAUCGUUCGACUAAAUUUGGGUGAAUACAGAAUCGGGUUAUAAUAUGCACCGUCCAGGCCCUAUUUUGGAAACGUCUACAUAAACGCCGACAUUUCCAUUGCAGCGAAGUGUAUUGAAUCUGUCGAGCAACAAACGAAUAGCAAAGAACAGCACGACUUCAUUGAGGACGCUGGACACUUUAAACACAUCCUGAUUCAGGACUUAUUCCCCAACCUACGCCGUCUUCAAUUGCCAUCACCGUCGACACUGAUACUGAUACGCCUGUAUUGGCGUGCAGGUCACACAGCCCAACACCAUCUCCGUCGUCAACAAAAACAACCGGAACAAUAAGGAAAACCACCAUGAAGUUUACAACAUUGACCAGAGCGCUAGCGGCUGCAUCGAUUCUCAGUAUAGUAGCAGUGGGAGAGGCAGGUGCCGGAGGAGGAGUGGAUGAAGCGGGAUCUCAAGAAAAUACCGAACCAGCGCUUUCAACAACAAGUGCAACCAAUUAUGAUGCUUGGGCUGGCGAAAAUGUCACCGGUUUGCUGCUGAUAACUCCAUUAGCACUAACGUCCAAGCAGGGUGGAGCUUCCGGCGGGGGAAAACACUAUGAGGACGUCUCGCCGGUCACGCUGUCAACAGAGUGGCCGCGGUUGGCUAGACUGCUGCUGCUGGCGAGCCUUUCCGUCAUUGGAAGUGUCGGAAAUAUAUUCAUGAUAUCGUCGGUGAUGAUCGAAGAUCACCUCAAAAAAGCAGGUAACGCAUUCAUAGUGAACAUAGCGCUCGCAGAUUUACUUAUCACUAGCGUAGUGAUGCCAGCGUCCACCAUAGUGCUCCUCGCUGGCAUUGACAAUUCGGACACGGAAGUAUGCAAAUUUCAGUGGUUUCUAGCUGCUUGCUCGUUUUUGGUUAGCAUUUUAACUCUAGCAAUGACGGCAAUCGAGAACUACUUUCGACUGUGCACGGCUCAGAAUGAGCGCAGCUGGUUCAACAAGACCAACGUAACCGUUAUCCUGCUGCUGAUUUGGUUCAUCGCAAGUUUCUCCUCGGGGAUGCAAUUCGUGUACGACAUCAGCUUCGAUUACUGUGAUCGUAAAUCGAAUCACAUAGUACCAUCGGAAGCCGGUUGGAUUGGGUUAAUGGUGCUGCUGCCUCUGCUGCUAACCUUGCUGACCCACAUCCGGCUCAUCGUGAGUGUGAAGCGCAACAUGGCUUUGCCCAACUUCAAGCCAAACCAGGCGUACACAUGGGACCGGUCGUUGGUGCGAAGCAACUUCUACAGCUUCGUCGUGUUUGUCCUGUUCUGGCUGCCAUUCUGCGUCAUUCUGGCAUACGGGACGACAAAAAGUGUGCCGAAUCGGAUAUUCUACAACACCGCCUGGAUCGGGCUCUCGAAGUCUUGCUUCCACAAUGUCAUCUACUGUCUGACCAACCGACACUUUCGUAGCGCGUACGUCAGCCUGUUCAACUACUGCUGCUGCAAAACGACGGUGGCCGUUUCGAGGCGGCAGCGCACCGACGGGAGCAGACCGACGGCGGACGUCCGGGUGCAUAUUAUCCCGGGCUACAACAUGUACUCGUACACCAGCCCGCAGCGAUCGGGAAACAGCCAUGGCCACUGGGGAAAGCGCGAGUGCCACGAGUUAUGAUCGGAAACAUAGCUAAAUUAAUCGAAAGCUCGGUACGAUUUCGAUUAAUUUACUUAUGCAAUGUAGUGGAACUACGCAAAUGUGGAAUGAUCGUAUUUUGGGGAAAAAAAACUGACCAAAGUAUCGUAUUGAUACGACGAUUCGAUAAUUCGUGAAAUUGGAAUGUAGGUAGACUUGAAAGUAGCUUUAUGGCUGAACUGUUUUGAUUCGAUAUGAGUAUUUGCGUGAGAGUAAAUUAACGUAAUGCUUAAAAUCAAAUCGGAUUUAUAAUUGAAAAGAAUUUGUAAUGCCCUGGAUCAUUCGAAGAUGGAUUAUGAUCUGCAGAUCAAACUUCUUUUGUUACUAUUUUUUUUUUCAUUUCAAUUAACUUUUUUGCAAAAUGGUCUACGGCGUAAUAUUUUUCGUAUAUUUGCUCUACAUGUGCUACUCAGUGGCAGAACAAACAAUUUUGUUGAUUUUUCUUCACACGUGUAGCAACGUGAGUGAAGUAAAACCAGGGCUUUUGCUUUGCUGCAGAUACGUAGCUAGUUUGUUGACAGCGGCACAGUAUAUAUUGCGCUGUGAAAUCCGGCGGUAAAAUUUUAAAGCGAUAGGGUCAAUGUCACAUAUAGUGGUUUUGUCGGAGUAGCGUUUUUUUUUGGUACGCGACACACAUACACCGUUUUAUUUCGAUGAAAAUGCCAUCUGUAGAAAAGCAGUCUCAACCAGAGAUGCCAACCAAUUUUUUGAAAUAGCUGGAAAAAUUUUAAAAAAACAUUGGAAAAAAUCAAUUUUUGUUUUUUCUCAAUUCAGUUUAUAUUAGCAAUAAAAAUUACGAUACACAGUGACCGUGUCAGUAUGUAGCAUUUUUAAUUUUUCGUUAUCCUGUUUGUGAUCCUGCAUUUUGAUAUUACACCUGUAAUGCGACACGAAUAAUUGGACAUUUGAUUUUCAAAUUGAGCAUUUUCGUGAACAUCCUUUGUGCAAGUUUCUACAACACGAUAAUUUGUUAGGAGAGUUUUCAACCAUUUUCCACCCAUUUCAUUAGAUUAUGUAGUUUGCAUACUUCCCUAAUGGUUAUUUGUAAGAUUUACAAUGAUUUUCCUGUUUUAACUUGUUUUUCACAUUGUGUUGUGUUUGUUUAUAUGUCCAUCUACAGAUCACAAUCGCCUCUAACGCGACACUGAGUGGGGCCUCGGUAUGUCCUAUAAGAGGUAAAUCAAUGUAUCGUGCUAAGAAACCCGGCGUUAAGAUUUUCUAGCGAUAGCGAUAUAUAGUGUUUUUAUCAGAGCGGCAUUUUUCUUUGGUUCGCGACACACAUACAUAGUUGUUUUUCGGCGAAACUGCCAUUUGUUGGAAAAGCAGUCCCAACAGUAAACCACUUUACUGUUGUGUUUGGGAUCCAAACUAUUCUCCAUCAGAUUAGAUGGCUACUAGGCAUUAUUUAAUUACUUGAAGCACGCAAUCCUGAGCCUUAUUCAACCUUUUUCCUCUAAAUUUUCUAAUAUUCCUACUAAAAUUAUUAUUAUAAUAUAAAAUCAAUUUCAGACACAAUUUCGUAUAGGAUUUUUUCACCACUUGCAGGAAAAAGGGAUUUUCAUCUACAUAGAAUAUCAAUUCGAUUUGGAAAAUUAAAUUUUUCAUCCAUAAUUUUAAUUCUUAAAUUCGUAUUUUCUUCUCAUAAACCCGUCACGAUACUCAUUUCACAAAUACAGGCCGUUCUUUUCAGUUUUAGAGCAAAUAUGUCUAUUCUAUAAAUAAGACUAUACAUCAUUUAUAGCUUAGUUUCAACUUAUGCUUUUCAUUUUGUUUAUGUUUUUAUGUGAUGUUCUUUCCCGCCAGUGAUUUUCCCAUGUCUUCUCAUUCUCCAAUGCACAUUGCGAAAUAUAAUGAAACUCAGGGGCUGGGGCCCCUGAGUUUCAUCAUAUUUUGAUCAGUGGCUGUCCACAUACUAUGUGGUCAAUUUUAAGGAAGGUGGGGGGGGAAGGUUUUACGGAAAUAUCAACAUUUAUCCACGGUGUGAGAGAAGAGGGGUUAGAUAAUGUCCACGUGGACACGUUAAAUGAAUAUUAAAAAAAAACAAUCAAAUCUGUAUUCAACAAUUCUUCUUUCCUAAAUGUGUUUUCUGAGAAUAACGUACAUGAAUUGUGAGCGAUCGAUUUAUUUUCAUUUGUUUUAAAGAUUUAUGGAUGAAGAUAACGUUUACAUACCAAACGAAUCGGAAAUUCCCUAAGAUUUGUUUGAUAUGCUAUACAUGUGCUUUCCCGAACAGAGACGUCAAUAACGAACAACUUAUCGACGAGCAACGAAGGGGAAAUUGUAAGAUGUAAAGUCUCCGUGAACAAAGAAAAAGAAGAAGAACGAAGGGGAAUAUUUGCCUAGAGUAUAAACAGUGGAUCUUGCUGAGGCAAACUUCAUUCUUCGUUAGGACACCGUUGCUGGACGAGCUGGACGGCGAGGGAUCAAAUGGUUUUCUCAAGGCCAUGGGGGUGAAGGAGUAAUAUGAGGAAAGAGUAGAGUUUUCCAAGGGCCUUUUCUGAAGGCUAGAGACGAAUGAACUGAAGAAGUUUAAAGUCUCUUCAAUUCAACAAGGAAAGGAAGGAAAAUCAAACUUUCAGAAUCGUUCUUCGUUUCGGAUUGAGCUGAAUUUUUGGAAUUUUGUAUGUGAUUUGGUUUCGCUUGCCAGUAGCAAAAAACUAUCUCCACUAAGGAUGACAGCUGCGCUUAUCUCGAGCAUGUAUUGCUCUGCGAGCACAAGAAUGAAUCAUCAAACAAUUAUCGUCAAAAGAUUCUACAAUUAAAAAAAAAACAUUUCAGGGCGACAAACUGGUAGAAUGGUUAUUUCAAAAUUUUCGUAGCAUUAUAAAAUUAUAUCCGCAGUUAAAAACAUGCGACUUGAAUUAAACUACAGCGUUGUUCUACGUCAACAAUGCGGUCGUGUUUUGAACACAACCUCCUAUAUUUUUUUAAAAACUCCCAAGUAUUGAGAAAAUGGAACACAAACAACAAAUUCUUCCAUGGGUCCGGGAAGUUUGUGCCACCACUGAUUUUUACUAGGAGGAGAAAGUUCUUUGUGUCUCGCGUAAGUCGAAAAUACCGUCAAAAGAAGAAGGCCCUAUACUAUACAAUAGAUUGACCUUGAUCUUUCAAACGACCACUUCACAAAUCGAAGGUUUUCCGGUCACAUAUCGUUUCAAUUAUUAGUUUUAUGGAAAUAGUUUCAUCUACAACCAAAACUUCAAAGCUGAAAUAAACAAAUUGAGUUAUCACAGUUCCGUUUUUUUGUGAGAGAACUGGGACUAUAUUCACUCAAUCAACGGUUUAUAAAGCCAAUUAUCUUUCCUAAACUCAUAAAUCUUAGUUCGCAGUUGCGUAAUAUAUUCUUUGUUUACAUUUAUUGAAAUUAACUUCGAAAGCUCAAUGUUAUUUUAAUAAAAUGCGCUAUAUAACAAUACCAAUUGAAACAAACAUUGAAUAAGAUAUCAAACUUUGUUAGUUAUGAGUUUUAGUUUCCUCCGAUAUGAUUGUGAAGACAUUUGAAGACAUUUUUCGUACCAUGUGAAGACAUUUGAAAAAUCACCUGGCAUUCCUGGUUGGCAUCAUAAAGCUAGGGCUCACGCAUUGUUUUACUUUUGGAGACAAUAUUAAUGCAAACAUUUCCAGCAUUUGCAAUGGUCUGUAACCAAUGAUUCCGUUGGAUAGUUGUUUAAUGUUUGGAUACCCAUCCGGAAGGUUUAUUUUACGAUUUGCAAUUAAAAUCACUGCUGCAGGAUCGCACGAAGCACUUCAUUUUAAAUUUAGGUUAUGAUUAUUAUUUUGUAUGCUACAAAAAGAUGGCCGCUUAGUUGCCUCUUGGUGAAACCGCUUUUAGGUGGCUAUCACAUAACAUUAUAGAGCCGUCGCUGUGGUUUUUCUCGCGGUGAACGCAUGGGCAGAACCGCUCAGUUUGACAUGAACCUAAGUGGUAAAUGUACAGGAAAUAUAAACUUCCGUGGUGACAUAAUAGUACCAGUACGGUACAGCACGUACAGUACGGAUACAAGAUUUUAACAGGCAAACUAAAACCUAUCAGAAUACACAGACCGGUGGCAAUUUAGAAUUGCUAAAAUUUUAAUGAAAAUUUUUACUUGGCGUUGUUUAAUCACUUAAAACAUGUUUUUUUGAUCUAACUUAACUUAUUUUGCAUACAUUUUUUGAUAUUCCCACUAAAACUUAUUGUUAUAAUAAAUAAUUAUCUGCAGGCAGCAGAGAAUUUUCGUAUUAGAUAUUUUAUCAACCCACAGAAAAAAGUUUUUUUUCAUUAACAUAGGAUAUUAAUUUGAUACGGAGAAUUUAAUUAGCAUUCAUAAUUUUUAUUUUGAAAGUGUGUUCAUUCCGCCUGAAAAUCCAUUAUUAUCUUUGAUGCUUCACAAAUCUGUAAAACGAAACUUAGCACACCCUUUAAUUCAUAUAAUUAUUAUAUAUCAGCCAUCAAUGUGAAAAAAUGAACGAAAAAUAAAACUUUUCUUAAAUUUACUAAAGACAGCCUUCAAAUUCGGACAGUAAAUACACUGGAAUAAAAGAUGUUUUCAACAAACUUUAAUAAAACUUUGAAAAUGUUUUUUUUUGUUAAUUUGAAAA